GGAGGUAUGUGUGGGCAGCCCCCUCCCUGAUGCCAACCCACGGCGGGUGGGCUGAGGGGGCCGUAGGCCUGGCGGCUCUCCCAGCGCGCCUGCCGGUCAGGGUUUCGGGGUCCUGCGGGCCGACGCUGCCACGGCCCCUUCCAGCCAGUCCCAGCGGGGCCGCGCCCGCAGCGGGAAGAAGGCUUCCCGGGCGCGCAGCCGCCGGGCGCCCUCCCCGGUCACCGCCGGCUAAUCCCCCGCCGCCCGGAGGAGGCGCUCCCCGCGCCGCCCGGCGAGCAGGGGCAGGCGGCAGCGGCCCUCCGGCGCCCCGCUGCGCGCUAGGACCCGGCGGGCCCCGGCCGCGGCCUCGCCGGGCGCCCGCUGCCGGCGUACGCGGGCCGGGAGGGGAGGCCGGCGGAGGCCUGCCCCGGCGCCCCCUUUCCUUUCCUUCCCUUCCCUUCCCUUCCCCGCGCCGGGAUGCGCUCGGAGGCGGCGGCGCAGCCGGGCGGCCUAGAGAGGUUCGUCAGCGCCGGCAAGGGCCGGGGGCUGCGGGCGCGGCGGCGCUACACCGUGGGGGAGCUGCUCUUCAGCUGCCCGGCCUACACCGCCGUCCUGACCGUCAGCGAGCGCGGCAGCCACUGCGACGGCUGCUUCGCCAGAAGGAAGACUGGCCAAUGCACAAGCUAGAGUGUUCUGCCAUGUGUGCUUUUGGGCAGAACUGGAAUCCCUCAGAGACUGUGAGGCUAACGGCGAGGAUCCUUGCCAAACAGAGAACUCACCCUGAAAGAACACAGUCGGAGAAGCUGCUUGCUGUAAAAGAGUUUGAAUCACACCUUGACAAACUAGACAAUGAAAAGAGAGAGCUGAUUCAGAACGACAUUGCUGCUCUUCAUCACUUUUACUCAAAGCACUUGGAGUACCCUGACAAUGCUGCCCUUGUAGUUCUCUUUGCACAAGUUAACUGUAAUGGCUUCACAAUUGAAGAUGAAGAACUCUCUCAUUUGGGAUCAGCCAUAUUUCCUGACGUUGCAUUGAUGAACCAUAGCUGUUGCCCAAAUGUGAUUGUAACUUACAAGGGGACCUUGGCUGAAGUCAGAGCUGUUAAAGAGAUUGAACCUGGAGAAGAGGUUUUUACCAGCUAUAUUGACCUGUUGUAUCCCACAGAAGACAGAAAUGACCGGUUAAGAGACUCAUAUUUCUUCAAUUGUGAUUGCAGGGAGUGCAUUACAAAAGAAAAGGAUAAAGAGAAACUGGAAAUUCGCAAGCUGAGUGAUCCUCCAUCAGCAGAGACGGUACGGGACAUGAUCAAAUAUGCCAGGAACGUGAUUGAGGAAUUCAGGCGAGCCAAACACUACAAAUCUCCUAGUGAAUUACUGGAGAUCUGUGAACUCAGCCUGGACAAGAUGGGUGCAGUGUUUGAGGACAGUAAUGUUUAUAUGUUACAUAUGAUGUACCAGGCCAUGGGUGUCUGUCUCUAUGUGCAGGACUGGGAAGGUGCGCUACGUUAUGGACAAAAAAUUAUCAGACCAUACAGUAAACAUUAUCCCUCCUACUCGCUGAAUGUUGCCUCCAUGUGGCUGAAAUUAGGGAGACUGUAUAUGGCACUGGAGAACAGAACGGCUGGAGUUAAAGCACUGAAGAGGGCAAUUGCUAUCAUGGAAGUAGCACACGGGAAAGAUCAUCCAUACAUUUCAGAGAUCAAAAAGGAAUUAGAGGACCACUGAGCCUUUGAAUCUAUGCAAUCCUUCAAACCUUUAUUUAAAAAGCCUUGCUAUGGAAAUCUUCAGGAGUGCUUUGAAAAGUGGUAGAGUAUGAACACAGUUCUGUCCUAUAAUUGGAAUGACAAACACACUUAGGCCUUGCAAAAUGUUCCUAGCUUCCACACAUCUACACUUGCCUUUUUCUUUUUUAUCUUUUUUUUUUUUUUUUUUAAGGAAGCAUUGGUGGUUUCUUAAAGGUUAUGGCUUUUGACAGCUCAUGUGCAAAAAUCGUCAUUUUUUUUCUUUAUGGAUUUUCCUGUGUAUUUGUGUAAAGUAAAUAAAGUGGUCUUGACCCCCUCUUGA